AUGUCAGAGGUAUCCGCACAACCAUCCCACAAGCGAGCACUCGGUACUCGCGCGAAACUGCGCAGGACGUUUUCCUCGCGAUCUCAGAGAGAUGCCGAGCUCGAUACAAGUCGUAGGCGCAGUUUCAUGGGCAAGGACCAUCAUAUCGGCAUCCGUGGCAACAGGAUUCGUAAUAGCGUUCACAAUGAUGGCCAUAGCGAUGGCGAUGAAGAACCAAUGGAUCCACUAGAACUCGCCGACUUAAACUCCAUCAUCAAUACGCGCAAAAGUAUGGCAUCUGCCCAGGCACUGGCAAAGCAGGAGCCUGAAAAUGGGAAGGACGUGGACUUGCCAUGUCAUAGACGUUCAUCUACGCCGAGCGUACGACUCGUCAAGUUUGCACCAUUACCGCAGGUGCUGGAAGAUGCCAGCAAGAGCAUCAUUGAGAAGGACGAUGCUUCAGAUUUGGAUGAUGCAGCUGCAUCGACGUCCGCAACAACGACGUUCCUGGCCCCGCCACCAUGGCGCCCGCUCUCACGAAGUAACGGAUCUGAAGAGUCACUCAUACCAAAUGACACUGGAUCUCUACUCCAGCGUACAAACAGUGCAGGUCGGUGCGAGCGACUCGACGAUGCCGAGUCAGAAGCCAGGGGUCGUUCACUCACUCGUGCUUGGUCGCCAUUCCGCCGACAGCGCAACGAAUCUCUUUCAUCUCUUUCGCCCUCGCCGUCACGUCCGCUUGCAGGCGAGCGGAGUCGAAGUCGGAGUCGUGAGCUGGUACGAGCGAUUCGUCCUGGUGGGACGGGCAUGGUCACUUUGCUCGAUGGGAAGCGGAUUCGAGCCAGACAAGUCGGCGAUCCUCAGGAAGAGCAGGAUGCCGACGCUGAUCUGAACGCGCGCCUCUGGGGAUUUGCGGCGCUUGAACGGCGACGUCUUGCCGACGAUACCAAGAGUGCAGCAGCAUCCACAACGAGCGACAUGAGCACGCCCAUAGCGCGGGGCAAACUCACUCACUCCCAGGCCGAAGAAGCACAGCGACGACACAAACAAGAGAUGGACGCUUUAGGCGAUGAGGCUCUCACACAUGUGCGCGAAAAUAAGGCACAUGCGAAUGCGCGACCACGGAAAAUAUCGUCGACCGUGCACCAAUACCGAGUGGACCCGUCCGUAAGCAUGCCGUCGCCGUCGCCACGACUUCCACGGCGUCCCGAUGCAAGAGGUAUUAUAGUUGUACCUUUACCGCAGCUGGGCAUGCGGCCUCGAUACCCGUAUGAAGGCCGCUCAUGGCUUUACAGUGUUCCUUAUGAUGAUGAUGACGACGACGAUGACGAGGACAACAGCGACACGCAGAACAAGGAUACAAUUGCUGGGCAGGACGAUGACGGACCAGACGAGGCGCCGCCAUCCUCGACAAGGUAUCGUGCAACAACGGUUGCUGCGCGGAAGGAAGUGUAUAUGAGCCACAAGCCAGGCAAGGAGUCAGAAGACGAGUACUGGCCAAAGCCCAGUGCAACUCGAGCUAUUGGCAGUGGUACCUGA